AUGUGCAACAUAGUGCAAGCUAAGAUUGUGUGUGGGGUCAAAAUGUACAGGAAAAAAAUUUCUCACAACCACCAAUCCUUGCUCCUUACAAUAAGUGGACAGGGAGGCUUAUAUUUCACCUUCAGCUGUACCAUCUCCGAUGUAACCUGGCUUAGAGCUUCAGUUUUUUGUAGUAUUAUUCGCAUUACUGUCUUUUCUAUGUAUCUUUCUUUUUUUAACCAUCAUUCCACAUCAAACUUUGGUGCCGACAACCCACUGAACUACGUCAUGUGGAAAUCCACUCUCACUAAAUAUGCAACCCAUAUCUGUCUCAAACCUGCAUUCCAUGUCACAUAUAUUGGCAUAACUCUACAAAUCACCAGGUGA